ACCCUGGAGAUUAGCUGGUUAUAAGCACAUUCUGCUGAUAACUCAUUUGGACAAGCAGAAGAAAUCUAUCCGGGGAAAGCUGUUUGCUCCUGGCCCUGGUCUGCGCUUCAGUUUAGAGGCUGCUUAUGGGUCCUCUUAGGAGCCUCUUUUUCUGGUCCGUCUUGCUCCUCUCCACUGCCAAGGCCCAGAAAGAAAACGGGACCGUGCGCAGACUGCAGCCCUGGCUGGUGGGCCUCAGUGCCGUGGUUGGCUUCCUCUUUAUCGUCUUCAUACUCAUGAUCAUCAACAGGAUCUGGUGCUACAAGAACAGGUCCGAUGAUGAGGCAGUUGUGUUCCAGGAUCCUUAUUCCUCCAUGAGGAACACAGAGCAGAGGGGUCACAUCAAUGGGGCUCUGGAGCUGGACUUCAAGGAGCAGAAGGAGACAGAAGAGAUAAAAAUGACACAUAUGUGAGGCCUCCACCCAUCCUGACUUUUCUGCAAACACCCCAUCUUCCUCCGGGGUGCUUCCUUUCACUGCUCCUUGAGUCUCUCUUACUUAGGCUUCUGGCUGGGGUUGUGUCUGAGAUUUUCAUUUGCCAAGCCCUGAUCUGGGGCCUGGUGAACUGUGGCCCUCUUCCCCACUCAAAAAAUGAUUUAAAAGACAAUGAUAAUAAAAGUCCCAAAUCCCA